AAUUAGGACACACAAAGCAACUCAUAGGGCAUUGGGAAACACAGGCAGAAAGUCAAGUGAAGAGAAACUUCUUCAGAUAUGAGCUAUAUUCUCCAAACAGCUUUUUAGUCAUUUUCCCAAAAAUUUUAUCUAUUUUACUGCUUCUUCUUAAGUAAUUUAAAAAAGUAGUUCCUUUUUUUUUUUUUUUUUUUUUGUGAAGAUAACUUCAAUAAUGAAACUGAGUGUAGGCAUAUUUUUUGGAGGCUUCUUUGCGGCUCUGGGGGUUUUGCUUUUUUUGGUGGCAUUUGGAACUGAUUAUUGGCUUCUUGCUACAGAAACAGGAAGGUGCUCAAAAGCACCUGAAGAUGCUGUGGGAGAAAAGGCCACUUUCCAUCAUGAAGGUUUCUUCUGGAGGUGCUGGUUUAGUGGAAAUGUAGGAGAGAAUAAUGCCAGCAUGUGGAAUUUCUGGUAUACUAACCAGUCACCUUCUAAGAAUUGUACACAUGCUUACCUGUCACCAUUUCCUCUUAUCCGAGAUGAACAGAAUUCAACGUCUUAUGACUCUGCAAUCAUUUAUCGAGGUUUCUGGACGGUUCUUAUGCUCCUGGGAGUGCUCACUAGUGUGAUGGCUAGUUUUUUCAUCAUCUGUGCAGCUCCUUUUGCCAGCCACAUUCUGUAUAAAGCAGGAGGAGGCUUUUUCAUCAUUGCUGGUGUCUUGUUUUCGCUGGUAGUCGUGAUGUAUGUCAUCUGGGUUCAGGCGGUGGCUGAUCUGGAAAACUACACAAACAUGAAAAAAAUGGAUUGCCCAGACUUUGCUGUUUAUGUACGCUAUGGCUGGUCUUUUAUGCUGGCUCCUAUAGGAGUAUUUUUUGUUUUGUUCUUGUUGGUAGGGCGUGCUAUUUAUUUACACUCAGACUAGUCAUACACUGCUGAAGGGAAUACAGGAAUCCUAGUGAAACUUCAUGACUGUUGUAAACUGGAACACGAUUUUAUACAUUAUUACUAUUAUGGCAAUCCUAAAUAUGCAGGCAGACUUCUGGAAGUUCUUCUGUUACUUGUUUAAGGGUAAAGGACACAAAACUCAAUACAGGAAGAAACCACCUUUAGUCUCAACUAGUUGGUUUUAAUUCUUUAGAAAGUACCCACGUGGUUCUCCAUAUGGUACUAUUAGCAGCAUUUUUUCAGUUUUGCAAACAGAGGAAGGCAAAAGUUUUCUGCAACCAAAAGCCCAACAUGAAGUGAGCCAAAUGAACAUUUUGUACAUUUGUCUUUUAACAUUUACUUUGUGCUUCUGCUUGU